AGACAGCGCAGAACUCUGUGGGCUUUGCAGCCAAGGUCUAAUCCCGGAGGCCCCUGGGAUGCCUGAUCCGGCGAAACCCGGGAAAGACCUCACGGCAUGGAAAAAGAAGAAGCAGCCCGUGCAUCGCACGGUCAGCCAGAUCUGCCCGCCGCCCCGACGGCCGCUGACGGUGGUCGACAUCCGUACGGGCAUGGAGAACGAAAGGCUGGGGGUCGUGCGUGACUCCAUGUUUCAGAACCCGCUCAUCGUCAAGGCAGAGCUUGGCAAGCCCAGGGAAAGAAGCUGUAGCCUGCCUGGCAUCAACUUUAAUUAUGGACUCUACAUCCGAGGGCUGGAUGGAGGGGUUCCUGAAGCCAUUGGGCACUGGAAUGUGUUUAAGCAGCAACCUACCUGCCCCCACGAGCUGACCCGGAACUAUAUUGCCAUGAACCGAGGGGCUGUCAAAGCUGGCCUGGUGACUGCCCGAGAAAACAUGCUCUAUCGCGAACUGAAUGACAUCCGAAUCAAUGACCAGGAAGACCGGCGACAGAAGGAGCCACCUCCUAUCCCUCCCAACAUGACCUUUGGGAUCCGUUCACGGCCAUCAACACCCUUCUUUGACCUGUUACAACAUCGGUACCAGCAGCUGUGGGUACAGGAACAGAAGGCCACUCAGCAAGCCAUCAAAAUGGAGAAGAAACAGAAGGUGAUCCUGGGGAAGCUGUACGAGACGAGGAGCAGUCAGCUGAGGAAGUACAAGCCUCCGGUGAAGCUGGAUGCUCUCUGGCACAUGCCUCACUUCAAGAAGGUAUGCUGGGACUGUAGAGGCAGGCUGUGGCAGCUGACAUCAUGUGGCUUCUGGAGAUUCGAACUCCUCAUACUUGUGCAGCACUGAGCCAUCCCGUCAGCCCUCGCUAAGACUCUUGAUAAGCACCCAUGGACAAGCUGCUGA